UUGCUUCGUGUUAUGGUGAAAUGCUUUAUAUUACAAAGGAUUUUGCUUUCGUGAAAUUUACAAUGCCUUGGGUUUUUUUCGUAUUACGAAGAAGGCAGCGCUAACUUUUUACUCUGCCAGGAACGGUGUGGACUACCGUGCCUUCCAUGUAAACAACCUUGCCCAGUCAAGUGCAGUCACUCGAAUUGCUCAAAGCAUUGCGGCCAGCGAUGCUCUCCUUGUUCGAAAAAAUGUGAGAUGGGAAAACCCACUUUCAAGUGUGAAAAGAAAUGUAGAGACCUGUGCACCUGGAGCCCCAGCAACAAUCCCUGUAGGUUCCCUGUAAGGAAAUGCAAACACGACUGCAUAGGUUUCGAAGGAGAUCCUUGCCCCAGCAUGUGCCGAAUAUGUGAUAAGCAGAGCAAGGAAUUUGAGAAGUCUUCUGAACAAGAUCGGUUUCUCGUGUUGACCGACUGCAAACACAUCGUGCGGUUUGACGAUAUGGAGAGGAGCAUCAGAGAGAGACCUACAGUCGUAAGACUUCCGUCCUGUCCAGUGUGCCAGGUUCCAGUUGCGAACUCUAGUCGCUAUGGAAACCUGGUGAAAGAUCGGCAAGAACACAUUGCAGUCAUCUACAAGGAUUUGGCAUCUUGCGCGACAAAGCCCAAAGAUGUCAUAGACAAACUCAAAAGACUGGCUGGGAAAUCAGACGCUGACAAGCGCACGAAACUUCUGAAUGCCUGUACAGCAGCAGAUUCCCCCAGCACACAUCGGUUGAUGACGACCCUGUGCGAAACCAUGGAAGUGGCGCAGCAGGGCGGUCCAUCCGACGCGUCGGCCAGGACGAUGCGCGGGCUCUGCACCUACGCCAAGGUCCUCUUCAUGCUGAACGGUUGUCUGCGUUCCGUGGCCCGGAGAGGGUCCAGCCUCAGACGAGAGGUGGCGCGCCAAGUCGAUGCUCUGGCGGCCGUGCUCGCCGCGCGGCCACGCAGCGUCCUCAGCGCUCAAGAGGUUCUGGAUUUGAACACUGAGCUGCUGCGGAUACAACGGCUGCAGCAACUCUGCAUGGUGGAGGAGCAGGCUGCUCAGGAUGGCACCGACGACCUGCAUUCCGACGACGAGUACUCGAAGGUGUCCUGCAUUGUCCGAGGCACGGGACCCUACCCGCGCAAGACUCUGGACGACGCCGUUGAUAGGACCAUCGAGCGGUUGGCCGCGAGCGUCCAGCUGGGCGCUCAGUGGUGGGAGGAGGUUGAACUCCCAAGAUCCGCCGCGCAGGGAAGCUGGUACUUCUGCGGCAAGGGGCACACCUACCCCAAGACGGGAACGGAGCGACGCUGCAACAAGUGCCCCAGGGACUGCAUGGCCAGAAUAUUGGAAGAUCCAUCGUAGACGCAUUCUCUGCUUCUUCUGCAGAGUGCAGCUUGGCUGUGCCUGAAGCUCAGUAUUGUCGGCGAGCGUCAGUGCGUUCGCAUUGUGUUCAAAUUUGUUUGAUGGUAAUUCCUAGUCUACUUUAAUCAUGUCUGACGUUUACACAAGUGAAGUAAGCUUUAAUUUUAACUCAUGACUGUAGUAAACUUUAAUUUUAUAAAUAGUGAAGUAAACUUUAAUUUUAAGUA